UCUCCCCCCCUCUCCCCCCCCCUCCCCCCCCCUCCCCCCCCUCCCCCCCCCUCUCCCCCCCCUCUCCCCCCCCCUCCCCCCCCCUCCCCCCCCUCCCCCCCUCCCCCCCUCUCCCCCCCUCUCCCCCCCUCUCCCCCCCCUCUCCCUCCUCCCUCUCCCUCCCUCUCCCUCCCUCUCCUCCCUCCCUCUCUCUCUCCUCCCUCUCUCUCUCCUCCCUCUCUCUCUCCUCCCUCUCCCUCUCCCCCCUCCCUCUCCCUCUCCCCCCUCCCUCUCCCUCUCCCCCCUCCCUCUCCCUCUCCCCCCUCUCUCCCCUCUCCCCCCUCUCUCUCCCUCUCCCCCUCUCCCUCUCCCCCCUCUCCCUCUCCCCCCUCUCCCUCUCUCCCCCUCUCCCCUCUCUCCCCCCUCUCCCUCUCUCCCCCCCCUCCCUCUCCGCUCCACCCCUCCCCCUCCCCCUCCUCUCCCUCUCCCCCCCCUCCCCCCUCUCCCUCUCCCCCCCUCUCCCUCUCCCCCCCCUCUCCCUCUCCCCCCUCUCCCUCCCCCCCCUCUCCUCUCCCCCCCUCUCCCUCUCCCCCCCCCUCUCCCUCUCCCCUCCCCCCUCUCCCUCUCCCCCUCUCCCUCUCCCUCUCCUCUCCCCCCUCUCCUUUCCCCCUCUCCCUCUCCCCCCCUCUCCCUCUCCCCCCUCUCCCUCUCCCCCCUCUCCCUCUCCCCCCUCUCCCUCUCCCCCCCCCUCCCCUUCCCUCUCCCCCCUCUCCCUCUCCCCCUCUCCUCUCCCCCUCUCCUCUCCUCUCCCCCCUCCCCUCUCCCCCCUCUCCCUCUCCCCCCUCUCCCCUCUCCCCCCUCUCCCUCUCCCCCUCUCCCUCUCCCCCCCUCCCCCUCUCCCCCUCUCCCUCUCCUCCCUCUCCCUCUCCUCCCCCUCCCUCUCCUCCCUCUCCUCUCCUCCCUCUCCCUCUUCCUCCCUCUCCCUCUCCUCUCCUCCCUCUCCUCCCUCUCCCUCUUCCUCCCUCUCCUCUCCCUCUCCCUCCUCCCUCUCCCUCUCCCUCUCCCUCUCCUCUCCCUCCCUCCCUCUCCUCUCCUCCCUCUCCUCUCUCCUCUCCCUCCCCCUCUCCCUCCCCCUCUCCCCCUCUUCCCCCUCUCCCUCCCUCUCCCCCUCUCCCCUCCUCUCCCCUCUCCCUCCCUCUCCCCCUCUUCCCUCCCUCUCCCCCUCUUCCCCUCUCGCCCUCUCCCCCUCUCCCCCUCUCCCCCUCUCCCUCCCUCUCCCCUCUCCCUCCCUCU